GCCACGACGAAGCCCAAGGCAGAUGCUAGUUUCCCUCCCAAAGUGACGCCUCUGGGAGUGGCUUCAUUCUUUCGCAACAAUGAAGCCGUUGAGCUGCUCCUCUGCGCCAGAGCCCAAGUGAACUACAAGGAUGGUUUUGGUGGCAAUGCUCUCCAUACCGCGUGUGCCGGGGACAAUCCAGGCGGAGUACGUCUACUCUGCCAUGCUCGUGCCAACAUGAAUCAACAAUCCAUGCCGGGGGUGAGCCCUUUCAUGCUCUCCUGUUAUUGCGGAAGCGUGCCUGCAAUGAAGGAAAUGCUCGCUUUGAAUCCAGCUUUGAGUUUGCGACACUGCCUACACAUUGCACUCAUAGGGGCUGGAGGUGGUUCCGCCGACUUGGUUUCGGUGCUGCUAGAGGCUCAGGCGAACGUGAAUGAACAGUUCCGGGUACAGAUUCGGGAGCCCGGAUGGUGGCUUCUCACGAAUGUCAUGGCUGUCGGGCAUCGGGUAAGCCCGUCCAAACUGACUCUGCUGGCAUAUCAUCAUUACGACGCUACGCCGCUGAUGUUCAGCAUUCUGAGUGGUGCUCUGGAUUCUGUGUCCACUCUGCUGUCAGCCCGAGCCCGAGUAGACAUCCGAAAUUACCGUAAGAAAACGGCAUCCGAUCUGGCACGCCAGAUGCUCGCGCCGUCGUGGCUGAUCGAGGUCUGCUCUACCAAAGACGAGCAAGACGCCGAGGCCCUUGCCGAGAGCGACACGUUCUUCAUUUGA